AUGGACGAGAAAAUUGAAUUGGCAUGGCCAUUGCAGCCGAGUCCAACAGGACUCACAUAUGAUUUAGACGUUCGAAAAGGUCUUCUUGAGAACCAAAGGGACCUCUUCGUGAGCAACGGGCCUGUCGAGGUCCAUGUUGCCUGGGUGGACAGAGAAGGCAAGACCAGCGUCGACCUGCUUAAGACCGAGUCCGAUGUACGAGAAUGUGCUCGGUCGCCGGGAAGACACAGGAGAUAUAGGACCGACUCCUCGAGUGUGGACGAAGAGUGCGAGUCGGCCAGAGGUGUUGGAGUCAGGGCAUCAUAUUUCCUCGUCAAUCCAGCGUUCACCCGGAGUGAGCUGCCAGUCACGCUGCGUGGGACGGUCGAUUUGCUUGCGGGACUGGGUGCAUUUUCUGAACUUUACCGAAAUUUGACAGCCUUUGGACGGAAGUCUUUUUCCAAGGACGAAGGAUUUGGAGGCUAUGACUGGGCUGAGAGCGUUGCAGAAGAUGGGCGUCUUUCUGGCUUCGAAUCAUGCUACCUGCUAAAGUACGUCCAGAAGCGAGGACGAGCGAGGCCAGGAGCCAAUCCCUGGUCGAUCAGCCAGUCACUCGUGUACCAGAAGGUCUCCUUUGACGCCGAACGAACUGAUCACAUCUUGGUCAAGCCCUCUGAAGCUCUGACGAGUCGCCUUAACCAUUCUUUUACGCAAGAGCCUGCAGUGGCUGCCAGCAUCGCCAGCGACUGGACGCGGAUCCACACCAUGGCCUUUGGCAGCGUAGACGAGCCUUUUCGUGACUGCUUCAAUUUCAUUGACGAGAAAGUCUCCGAGAUAUUUGGCCGGGUGAUGAUGUCUGGUGUGGAGCCGGGAAAGCUCCGGGAGUUUGACACACUGGAGAGCUCGUCCAGGGACAUGAAGUCUCUGCAGGCUUUCGUUGAUAUGGCACUUCGUGCGAAGCAUAGCAUUGACGUUAAUCUGGAGACGCUUGACGCAAUGACCCAAGUAAUGAAUGAACUCCGAGGCCGGCAUCCAUCAACCAAUCCGACGCAGAUGGACUCGCUCCUCCGGUCACUGAAAAAAAUGCGGCAACAGCACCGACUGAGCAUCAAGAACUUUGCGUCACUGAUCGAGAGGGCAAAGUCACUCUCAGAGCAGCUCCGAAAUACCAUCUCGAUUCGCGACAGUGCGGCUACGAUCGAGCUCACUGUGAGAUCGGGGUACGAGGCCCACGUGGUCAAGGUUCUAACGGAUUUCCUUCAGAUGGGCUAUGUUAGCAAAGCACAGUCUGCCGGCUUCAAGCUCAGUGCAACAGAUGACUUACAGAUCUAUGCUGUCCUGGCUAUCCCUCUGAUAGUAACGACCAUGCUUGUCUACGUUGGUGUCGAGUUGUACCAGCAUAGGUCAUGGAAGAGAUCGAUAGGGACUCGGGUUUCGGUCGUCUAA